AUGCGCUCCGUAUUAUUCUCCCUCCUUUCGCUGGCGACCAUUGCCACAUCGCUCGCCCUAGAACCGCGCGCUCCCGCAAAGGGCGACUCUACCAAAGCAGACGAUGACUGGGAAGAAGAGAUCGUGCCCGAUACUAUAUUCAAUGGCCAGACAGUGCCACCAAUGAACGAGCUCGGUACGGACGUAGACAAGGAAAUCAGCCAUGGAAACUGGAUCGUCGAAUAUUACUCACCCGCGUGCCCGCAUUGCAUGCGCUUCAAGCCCGUAUAUCAAACAUUAUACGAAUUCUACUACACCUCCAAGCCCAUCACCACAUCGCAAGAGAGCGACGAAGACGGCCUUAACUCGUUCACUCGAUGGUACGAUUUCAAGUUCGCAAAGGUCGACUGUUUGGCAUACAGGGACACAUGCGGGGACCACGAUAUACAAAAUUACCCUUCGAUCGUACAAUACAAGGAUGGAAAGGAAGUCGCGAAGAAGAUUGGCGAACAGUCACUCAAAGACAUGAGCGGCUGGGUGGAAGAGAUCUUGGAAACAAUAAAACCAGGCUCCCGCAAGCAAGGUGGACCAAAGCUGCCAAAAGUUGGCGCGAACUCUGUCGAGACCGGACCGGAGACAGAAGUUGAGGCAAAGGAUAAUGAUCAGGGAGUCGAGGCCGCAAAGGAAACAACAAUUGCAGCACCCUCUAGAACAAGCGACCCUCCUAAGGUGGCCAAGCCCACGUCUGCGAAGCCCACUUCUACCCAGAAUCCCUCAGGUAUCUCAGUCGCUCUCAACCCAGAGACUUUCCAAGACUUAGUAACAACUACUUCUGACCCCUGGUUCAUCAAAUUCUACGCGCCUUGGUGCCACCACUGCCAGGCAAUGGCUCCUAUGUGGGCGCAGAUGGCUCGUGAGAUGCAGGGCAAACUCAACAUUGGAGAGGUUGACUGCGACGCGAACAAUAGGCUUUGCAAGGAUGCUGGCGUCAAGGGAUAUCCCACCAUCCUCUUCUUCCGUGGAGGCGAGCGUACCGAGUACAACGGUAUGCGCGGGCUGGGUGAUUUCCUCGAUUAUGCUAACAAGGCCGUCGCGGUGGGUGAAGGAGUCCAGGACGUAGACCUUGCAGCUUUCAAAGAGAUGGAGAAGACCGAGGAGGUCAUCUUCGUGUAUUUCUACGAUCAUGCGACAACUUCGGAAGACUUUCAGGCGCUUGAUCGACUCACUCUGAGCUUGGUCGGUAAGGCGAGGCUUGUCAAGACCAACGAUCAGGCUAUGUUCGACCGUUUCAAGAUCUCCACCUGGCCGCGUAUGAUGGUCUCCAGGGAUGGUAAGCCGACAUACUACGACCGUCGUACGCCAAAGGAGAUGCGCGACACACAGAAAAUGUUGUCCUGGAUGAAGUCAGUCUGGAUCCCCAUUGUCCCAGAACUCAAGGGUGAAAAUGCUCGUGAGAUUAUGGACGGAAAAAUGGUCGUACUUGCGAUACUCGAUAGGGAGAACAAGGCUGAAUUCGAGGCCGCUAGGCGCGAACUCAAGAAUGCCGCCCUUGAAUGGAUCGAUAAAGAAGACCAGACGUACCAGCUCGAACGCCAAGAACUCCGAGACGCAAAGCAGCUGCGCAUUGAAGAAGCUGAAGACAAGGGAGAUCAGCGAGCUCUGCGUGAUGCCAAGGGUACCCGCAUCGACAUGAACGAUAUCAAGCGUAAACAAGUUGGGUUCGCUUGGGUGGAUGGUGUAUUCUGGGAACGCUGGAUUCGCACGACAUUCGGCAUUGACGUGAAAGAUGGGGAGAGGGUCGUCAUCAAUGACGAAGACAACAAUCGCUAUUGGGACGUCAGCAUUAACGGCGAAUUCAUCCGUCCCAGUCGUUCCUCCAUUCUCGACACCGUCAAAGAAGUAACCAAGAACCCGUCUACCAUCAGCCCGAAAUCCACCUCCGGAACCUUCAUGUCCUUCUUCCACUCGAUCCGCCGCUUUGGCUCCGAUCACCCCAUCUUCGCACUCGGUCUGGCCGUCGUCGGCAUCGCUGCAUCGUACCUUGCCAAGAGAAAGCGGAGAACAGGCGGGUACUUCCAGCUUGGAGAGAAGGACGGGAUAUUGGGCGGAACUGGCUUGGGCAAGAAUGACUAG